UCGAGACCACAAUAAAAACAAAGGCCUGGCAAAAACAACUGCUGCUGCUGAUAAGAAAUAAAUAACAAUUAUUUAUUAUAGCACUCAAGUGUGGCUGCUAUAGAUAUCGUGGUUGGGCUAAUCGCGAGCAAAGACCAUUGCAACCAGUUGCUGACCAACAUUUACAGCGAGCGUAACGGGGGAUAAACAAAAAUGGCCACCUAUCAAAUGGGAUCAUGUCACGCAGUGCCGAUGACUUUGUUCAAAAACAACCGAGACAAAGUCACCAAGGCUGUGCUCAGCAAUCUGCAAGAGAGCCUCAAGUUUGAAGCUGGCUCACUGCAAUUACUGCUGGAGGGUGGCAAGGACAAGAGUUUGUACAACACUGACGUGGACUAUGUGUUUCGCCAGGAGUCGUACUUCCAAUACCUGUUUGGCGUUAAGGAGCCAGGUUGCUGGGGUAUUCUGAACAUUGAUGUGAAGUCCAGCACUUCAAGAUCUGUGCUCUUUGUUCCUCGUUUGCCAGAGCUCUACGAAACUUGGAUGGGACAACUGCUCACUACAGAUGAUUUCAAAGUAAUGUACGAGGUUGAUGAAGUGUAUUUUGAGGAUGAACUCGAAGCGUAUCUGGAGAGAACCGCACCCAAGUUAAUAUUGACGCUCAGUGGCACAAACAGCGAUAGCGGCCUGACCAUGCAACCGCCAGAGUAUGCGGGCAAGGAGAAGUAUGUGGUCAACUGUGACGCUCUCUAUCCAAUCAUAUCAGAAUGUCGCGUUAUCAAGUCCGCGGAGGAAAUUGAAGUGCUGCGCUAUGUGGCCAAAGUAUCAUCUGAUGCUCACAUUAAGGUCAUGCAGUUCAUUCGCCCCGGUCGCAUGGAGUACGAAGGUGAAUCGGUCUUCUUGCACCAUGCCUACGCUGUGGGUGGUUGUCGCCACGCCUCCUACACCUGCAUCUGUGGUAGCGGCACUAAUUCGGCAAUCCUGCAUUAUGGACAUGCCGGAGCCCCGAACAAUCGUCCCAUUCAGGAUGGGGAAUUGUGUUUGUUCGAUAUGGGUGCCAAUUAUUGUGGCUAUGCUGCCGAUAUCACUUGCACUUUUCCGGCCAAUGGCAAGUUCACGGAGGAUCAGAAAUUCAUCUAUAAUGCUGUGUUGGAUGCACGCAAUGCUGUGAUGAAUACCGCCCGCGAUGGUGUCUCCUGGGUGGACAUGCAUCGGCUGGCGGGUCGUGUCCUGCUCGAGCGUCUGAAGGCGGGUGGCGUGUUGAAUGGCGAUGUGGAUGAAAUGCUCGAGGCGGGCCUCUCUGGCGUCUUUCAGCCGCAUGGUUUGGGCCAUUUGCUGGGUCUCGAUGUACACGAUGUGGGAGGUUAUCUGCCGGCGGAGCCACUACGUCCCAGUGAGGAGUGGCUGAGCAAGUUGCGCUUCGCACGCAUUCUGAGGGCGGGCAUGUAUGUGACCAUUGAGCCGGGCUGCUAUUUCAUUGGCAGGCUGAUGAACAAUGCGCUGGCUAAUCCCGAGUUACGUAAAUUCCUGAAUGUGGAGGUGUUUGAGCGAUUCCGUAACUUUGGCGGAGUGCGCAUUGAAGAUGAUGUGCUGAUUACGAAGACGGGCACCGAGAACUUUGCAAUUGUGCCGCGUACAGUGGAGGAAAUCGAGGCAGCAAUGGCAGCAAAGUAAACUGAACUAUUUACACUACAUGUAUUUGGAAUCAAAUUUUAACUGCACGGGGGCGGACAUUAUAAUAAUAUACAAUAUAUCUUAUUUCAAAUUUUACACUGUACGAAUAUACAUGUUAUCGAAUUUAUAAUGCA